UCAGCAUGAAGUGACUACAAAUGAUGUCGGUCACAUUUUCCCCGCCGGUAAUGGAUUAACACCGGAUGGAUUAAGUAAGAGCUUUUGUAAGCAGUGACUGGGCAUAGACCCCCCUCUCAGUCAGUGGCGCAGAGGGAGCGUGAUGAUGAGGGGAAGCAGUAAGAGAGAAGAAGAGAGAGAGAAAUAAUAAAGGACAAGCUUAACUGGGAGAGUGGCAUAGACUGUAUGCAGCAGCGAAGACGCAGAGUGGAGUGCAGGGAGCUGUUUGGAGUUUGACAGGGAUUAUUAAAAUCAGAGCAGAUGACGAGGACGGGGCGAGAGGCGGAGUAGCACUAUGGAGUGGCCAGAGGAUUUUGCUGAAGACCAUGCCUUUGUGGAGCUGCUGGUUCCAGGUGUUUCCAGUGAUCUGGACUUUGAACAGCUUAUGAAAGACACGGAGGAGAAGCUCAAUCUCAAUGCCAACAGCAUUGAACAGCAGCUGAAGGAACUCCAGGCUAAAAUAGGAGACUCCCGCACAGCAGAGCGUCCACUGAGUCCCACAGAGUGGCUGCAGUGGUUCUCCCUCAAAACACAACAGAGUGUGAGGCCUGUUACCCAAGGACAUCAAGAGCUUAUGGACUUCUUCAGAGCUCUGCAACAGUACCUGAGAUCUGAAGAAGAGUCGAAAGAAGAGGUGACGCUUCAGCUACUGCUGAAUCUGUCGUCCCAGUGCGGUAUUUGCUUCCCCUGUAACCACUCUUCUUCAUCCCCACUUUCGUCUCUUCAUUCUCAACUGACUGCCUCCUCCAUCCAGCUGCUACAUACAGUCAGAGAAGACGCUUCAUUAGAGAUCCAGGAGGUGUGGGAUGAUGUGCGACUCCAACUCAGACGCUACCUGAUGGACCGACUGUUUUCCCGUAGUCCAGAUCUUCCUGGACCUCGACAAACAACCGAUCUGUCCAUCCUUGAACGGGUUCAGUGUCUGCAGCAGAUGUUCUUUCUUUAUCCCGAGUCAGAGGUGCUGCAACUUUACCAGGGCCUAAAACGGCAAUACGUGCUGGGUAUUCUGCACUCCACCCUGUCCGCCAGUCAAAUCGGUGAGACUGGUUUUGACAGGCUGGCUAUGGGUUUCUGCAGCAUGGUGCCGAUUCUGAGUCAAGCCCUCAAAGAGGAGCUCCACGUCCUUUCAGCACUAGCAGAACCACAAACGAUCCUUGGUUUUAUUAAUGAAGCCUACCUCAAUACAGUGGCCACAGAGUUUGCCUCCCUGAUGGAGAGAGAAUGUGAGACAGCUCACAGAGACAACACUGCCCCGAGCGUCAAGACAAAAAAAUAUUCAGUCAGAUCCCGGGCAACUGUAGCACCACUGGAGCUUCCCACGAAAAGUCGGAGCUUUAGUUUGACCUCCCACCAGUUGAGGGCGUUAACCCAGCUGGCUUGCACCCUGCUGGGAUUUGAGAGCGAUGUGAAGGAGCUGGUCACUAACACGAUCUUCAUUGACUGUACAGGAGAUACUCCUCCUAUAAAAGGCAUCUUGAAAAAGAGCAAAAAGGAUUCAGACAACACAACUGAGAGCAAGAAAUCCACCACAGAAACAACAAAGGCAAAGGUUCUGGAGUUCAACUGGAGGUCAGCGUUCAAGGGACUAGUCCCUCACAUGGAGCAUUGCGUAAAGGUGGUGCUGGAUAAUGUCUGUGCUAAGAAUCUACAACAAGAAGAGGAAUUGCAUUCUUCUGGACAUAUCUCUGUCUCCCUGAGCCUGAUUACUAGACCCACCUUCAACACUGCCAGCAACACACAUCUCAGAGAAGACACCUUCUCCUCCUACUCGGAGACAGAGACUCCCAGAAUGAUAGCCAAGUUUUGCGGAGCAAUCAUGACUGAAAUGGAUGCCUUACUACCACUGGCAGCAGCCUGCAACGAGAGCUCUCUUCUGCAGGUGCGAUCAAGCUUUAUAGAGUCAUGUGGCAGAGCAGCAUUUGCCAUGUUGGGUCGUUUGCAGGAGAGGGCCCUGGAGGUACCAUCCUCUGCUCCCCUGAAGAACUUGCAUGCUCUACUGGCCACUUGCAUUUAUGUGCACCAGCGACUAGAGCACUACAGUGCCAGGCUGAAGGAUUCCAGUACCGCUGCAGCUAAAAUAACCCUGACCCCACUACCUGUGCAGAAAUACAAAGAUACAGUCGAGGCCAUGAGAGAGCAGUUGACCAGCUACUGUAUCCAGGCUUGUUAUACGUGCAUUCUUCAGGACGCAGAGAGCCACCACUGGGCUGACCCCAAACCUUUCUAUGAGGGUGAGAGGUGUUCCUUCUCAGUGCAGAUGUGGUUCUACUUCCUGUGUGGGCUUCGCAGCGACCUGUGGGCGGUCCUUCCGGCGGAGCUGGCCAGAGAUGUCCUUGGCCAGGUUCUAACAGACACUUUACAGCUGCUAGUGCGAAGAUAUGCCAGAGCGCGGGCUUCAUAUAGGAGGCACCUGCAAAUCAGAUGUGACAUUACAGCAAUGUUGCUGUAUGUGGAGCACCUUAUGUGGAGUCUGUGUGAAAGUCCUGAGACCUUGGUGCGCUACAACCCUUCUUCAGUGAUUACAAUAAUAGCAGGUGGUUCAGACUGGCCAUACCAAAUCCACAACCUCUGUGAACAGCUCCUGACAGUCCUCGUCAUUGUCACAGCACCUCUAUCUUUGCUCCAUAGGACAUUUAUGAUAGAUGCUGCGAAGGAGACCUCACCAGACCCACCGACCAUUCCUGUCAUACGCUGGCUAAAUGCUAUUAACCCCGAUGUCUUCACAGAGCAAGCUAUAAGAGAUGGCCUUAUGGGCCAGGCAUCCUUGGCAUGUCAACUGAGGCUACUGACAUCUGACCCCGGAUGCAAUCCCAAGUUGCUACUUCAAAUGCUGCUGUACAGAGACUGUCACCUGCCCAGAAUACUCCUGGAAAAUUCUUAUUUUUCCCAGGAGAACAGCUCAGAAAUGUCUACAGAGAGCUGCAAGGCAGGGGAUGACUUCAUGAUCUCAUUGUUCAACCUUUUCUCUUGCCUGAAUAUUGUUCCUAAGGCCUUGACUCAGGCCCUUCAACCAUACCUGGAACGGGCACACAUAUGGGAACAUCUCUACACUCUGGCAGACACAACACGGACAGUACCUGUAGUUGUCAGCUGUGUCCGGGACAUAGUCACAAAAUCCACCAAUAGCCUUCUGCUACACCUCGUCUCCAUGGUUUUGGGUUGGCAGGCCACAGAGGAGCCUGGUGCAGCCUUGUUCAAGCAUACUGUGCCAGAGAAUGUCCUGGCUAAAAUACCCAAGGACUGGAACUACACACCAUUGGAUGUAAAGGGAAAGGACACUGUUGCUAAAACUAUCAUAUCCUUAGCAAUUCAAGCAUUGUCCUUCAUUUUCACCAACCUGCCCAUGGCUGUAGCAUCCUUGCCACUCCCGAUCCGCUUUCUGUUCCAAGUGGCAGAGAAGCACCUUUCCCAGCAUGCCCGGCAGCUGCGGUUAGUGGGCCUAUUGAUCUGGGCCUUGCUGGGCUGCCUGAUCCAGGGCCUAGAAGACCCAGACACACUAGAACAGAUCAGUGGUCUGGCUCUGGACCGCUCAGCAAAAGACCGCCUGUCCCUGCUGGCAGAGUGCGUACAGGCGGCCAUAGGCAUUCAGCAAAAGGGUGUUCCCAAACCUUCAGUGCACAAAGUAAUACAGGCCCUGGAGGAAAAAAGACCAAAGUGGACACAACUGCAGCUGCAGAAGGCCCGCAAACUCUGCUCAGACAGUGUAUUUGAACAAGGAAGCGAGAGAGGACUUGCUGCGGCUGAACUGACUGAGCAGAAAAUAGGCCUGAUGCUGCUGGAGGUCUGCCACAAAGCAGGUGGCAGCAGCUACCUGAGGCAGAUCUAUCACAUCAUCCAAGGCAAUGAGGAACUGCUGAUGUCUAAACUGAGUGGAAGCUCAGACUUGCCAAAUGAUCCUCCUCUUUUGGUGAAGUUUGAUCUUGGCCCCGAGAGUCAUGUUGUAGAUGCCCGUUUCAAUCCUCUCCACCAGUUUGACCACAUUGGCAAGAAGAAGCUGGAUCAGAGUGCUGUGGUCGACUGGGCAUGGGACUGGGCAAGGCUGCUCCCAGCCUAUCAGGGCAUGAGUCGGGUCACCUUCAGAGCUCUGCUGGCCAACAGGUGGGAGAUGCAGGAGGGUGCACAGCUGGAAGAUGGAGAGAAAGCGAUGGUAGAGGAACUUGAGAAAGCUUUUUUGGGUUGCUGCUGCACCCCAGGACCACAGAACCCCCCUGAAGCUGAUGAGACACCCGGAAAGCAGGCCCAGGGGAAAACACAACCAUCUGCAUCUGAUGAAGGUUCUACCCCGUAACAGCCCACGCCGAUGGAUUUUUAUUAUUGUUAUUUUUUUUUAUCACGUUGUAAAAUGUUUUUCUUGUAAUAUGCACUUGGAGCUCUCAAGGUAUUACAGUGUGUAUAUAUGUGGGGAUGUGUGUUUGCACAUUUGUAGGUGUAAUUGGGUUUGCACAUGUACUGAAUGCUGCAAAUUUGCAUAUGUGUGUGCAUGAGAAAACGAGAGAGAGAGUGAGAGAGGGCAAGAAACAAAAAAGUGUGUGAGAGAUGGUGCCUCCUUCUUUAUACACAUACCUCAGACAAACUCUCUGUGCUUUUCUAUGCUGCAUCAGAUGCAUUUCAUCUUUUUAGAGCACGCCGACAGAAAUCAGUUCUGGGGAAAUGGAGAGCCUGGAUUUGUUUGCCCGGGACAAGAUGGGACUGUGUGAUCAUUGUAGGUAGUUGAAGAUUUUUUUUUUCCUUCCUUUUUUUUUUUGAGACAGUGAGUGUAAAGACACUGAUGUCAGCAUACUUUCUCCUGGUUCCUGAAAGAAAACAUCAAUUUAUUAUGGUUGGGAAGCGAGAUGAAGUAUGUUUUGAUAACAAUGUGUCCUCCAAAUCUGUCUGUCUAUGAAAUAUCUGUCAGUAUUUUCCCCAUAAACUGUGAAAACAAUUUUUGCGUAACACAAUUGUUCACUGUUUUUUCCCCAUACAUGUCCAUAUUUUGUUACUUAUGAGAUGGAGACUGAUUUUUUUAGAAUUAAAAAUAAAAAAAUAAAGGCAUAAUCCUACCUCAA